AACAUUUUGUUUGCGAGUGUCCUUCGAGUCAAAAAGUGAUUCUUUGUUGUUAGGAGCGAUUGGAACUAGGACAGAGAAUUUAAGAAUCUUUGGUGAAUACUUCAGUAAUUUGUUCGAUACGACUACAAAACGACACCGGAAAUGACCAAGGUGGACAUACCAAUGAAGAGCAAGGCCGAAACGGCAGCCAACUUUAUCCAGAACGAAAAAGACGUCGAAGUUCAAAUCAGGGCACCCAAGAGGGUGUUGCACUUUAGUGAUGGCACUAUGGAGGAAUUCAGCGACGAAGAACAGGAUCAGGUGGAUGCCUCCAAGGCAGACCAAUCGACGGUAGACGAGUCUAAAAUGAAUUGGAGUGAUUGGAUGUUGCAUAAAACUUGCAAGCUUGGCACCUCUGUCUUGGCCGGGUGUGACUAUGUUGGCGAAGGAUUGGCCUCGUUCCUGGGAAUUACCACACCGAAAUAUAGCUUCGAGAUCGAAGAAUUCAAACGAAUGCAAGCCGAACAACAGACAGAGGAUCGGGCCAUUCAGAAUUUUGUAGAGCAAAAUCGCACGACAGACAGUGGAGAGACUUUGCAGCAAUAUCAACCGGUCUCUUCCCAUCAGAUUCAGAACAUGACCAAUGGUAACUCCACCGUUGAGCAAGGCAAAAUUCAAAAGUUCUAAUUAUUGGAAUCCACUUGAAAUAUAAUAAACGACCAUGAAAUGGAUUUCCCAAGACGAGCACAUAGUUUGAGCGGAUAAAAUAGAAUGAACGGAUCUUUUUGACAAAGUAUCAUUAAGUUAGUGAGUUGAAUUGUAAAAAUUAUAUUUAUAAUCGAACCUUGAAUGCAAAGGACAGUGCAAUUUAUAAAUUAUGAAUAUCAUUUCCAAAGAUAUUUAGUAUUUCAUCAUCAGAUGAAAGUAUAAUAAUAAGUAUGAUCAAUAAAGUUUUAUUAAUUAUAA